AAUGCCCGUACAAAGCAUGCAAGGCGCCGAUGAUGUUGCGUGAUGGCUUUGAUGCGAACAGCAAAUGGGGGAGAUGCCGAAUUUGUGAUUCUUUCAUCCACAGCUUUAUGAGCUUUUGCCAAUCGUGUGGUACCUCCAACACUGCUGGAAUAAACAGAAAACGGCGCUUAGAGAAAAUUGAGCAGAACCGAUUGGAGGCCGAAGUCAAGAAAGCUCGGAUGGAGUUGCAAGAUCCAGACUUUCUUCUGUGGAAGGCUGAGAAAGCUGCCAGAGAAGAGGAAGUUUUGCUGGCUGCUGCUGCUGCUGUUUCAGAAAAUAAUCCCGCCCUAAUGGACACAGAUGAGAAGGUAGGCGAAAAUGAAAAAACAGGAGAAGGAACAGGAGAGGAAAAAGUAGUAGAUGGAAAAGCGGAUGAAUGGAAGAAAGUCGCAGAAACGGAGACAGCAAGGAAAAUAGAAGAGUCAGCAGAAGAUCAUGGAUCAGUGAAAGGGACGCACUAAUUUGUCAAUUAUAUUUAAUAAUUUUGCAUUUAAAUUCACUCUUAUAGUUUAAUUAUUUCCAUUAAAAUAAUUCAUCUUAAGAUCACAACUUUUGUACUAUUAACGAUCGACUUCAUAAGCCCAACAUUACAGUUAUCUUUUAUAUAUACCAACUUUAAUUUAAUCGUAUAAAAGAUUUACAAUUAUAACAGUUGUUAUUUUAAAGUAUACAUUUUAUGUAAAUUUUUAAGUAAUAAUUCAUGAAAUAAAGUCAGUUCAUACUGCAAUAAAACUA